AUGGCUCCCAAGAAGAAGCUUGGAAAACAGCCUAAGCAGGAUGAAAACGACAGCUUUCCGGGCCUCAAAGGCCCCGGGGAACCUGCAUCCAAGACCCGCUACCAGGAACUGCAGGAGGAUGAGGUAAUGGCUCUGCAAGCCAUCUAUGGAGAGGACUUUAUACAACACAGCGCUGCACAUACUGCAUGGCAUAAAGCCGAGCCGUGCUUCGACAUCAGGAUCAAAGCUUCAUCAGAUCACGAAGUUGCCGUGACCCUGGGUGUCGUUCUCGUUGCCACAUACCCAAAGUCGCCUCCACUGCUGAAUAUCAAAGACGAGGGUGAUUUGAGAGAAUCAACCAAGUUCAAGAUUCAAAAGUUCGUCGAGACACAGCCGAGAGUAUGGGCCAAUGAGGAACAGGAGAUGAUUGACCGCAUUGUUGAGGGCAUUCGCGACAUUUUGGAAGAUGCCGCUAUCAAGAAAGCCCAGGGACAGGAGCUUCCUUCUCUAGAGGAAGAGAGAGCUGCCCACGAGGCUGAGCUGGCGAAGCAAGCGAGGGACGAGAAGGAGCUGGAGGAACGCAAAAGACUUGAGGAGAGCAAGGAAGAGGAGCGCGUCCUUGGCGAUAUGGUACAGGAGGAGCUCAGGCGGCAGAGGAGCAGGGCGAAAGAGUCGAGGAAAAAGAAUCGAACCCAGCGAUUAUCGCCUGACCGUCUCGCGGAGGACCCUGCCGAAACCGACGUCGCCCUGGUUCUUGACCAACCGUGCAAGCUGACCGACGCAUCGGGAAAUGCACUGUAUUUUCAGACCGUCACUGGGAGGACGGUUUACCGGGAGGGUCCGGUAACCACUGUUUACAAGGUCAAACCAGUUCUCCCCGUCAGAAACGCGCGUCCAAGCCUGGCCCUCAAGCAGGUGGAGCUGAAGUACCAUGGCAAGGACUCAGUCCAAUUAAAGAAGCAGCUCCAGUCGUUGGAGCUGCAGCUCGAGUCACUCAAGAAGCUGCGGCAUCAGAAUCUCCUCGAGCUCUUUGACUUCAAGAUCGACCGCUCCGUCAGCGAGACCGACUCGUCCUCUCCAGCCCUCUGGACUAUCAGCGUUCUAACCGCCCUCAGCGACAAGGGCCCGCUCGACGAACUACUAGAUCUCGCUGGUCACAUCGACAUCAGCAAAGCCAAGAUAUGGACAACGGACUUACUCGAUGCCUUAGCCUUCUUACAUAAUAACGGAAUAGUGCACCAGGACGUUCAUCCCGGAAAUAUCCUUCUCUGCAGGGAACCGGCUGGGGAUGUUGUACCAAAGCUAGCUGACGCAGGGUAUCAGAGAGAGCUGCAUAACAUGAACACCAAAGUGGUAACCUUAACCACGACGAGAGCAGCCAAAUCAGCCUACUGGUUCCCGCCGGAGAUCGCCGGAGUCUCCAAGCCCCAAUACACCCAGAAGACGGACGUUUGGGACUUUGGAAUCGUCGUUCUUCAGAUGCUUUUUGGCCUGAACGUGCCGGAGAAAUACCAAUCUCCAUCGGCGUUGAUGGAAUCGCUCUCGCUUUCGGGCCCGCUCGAGGAACUGGUUGCCAAGUUCUUCAAGUCGGAUCCCAAGAAACGUCCCCGGGCAUUUGAGCUAUGCUCGAGUGAGUUCUUAGCAACCAACGCGCCCAUCUUGGCCGAAGACGACUCUGCCGUUAUCGGUGGUCCAAUGAUGCCUCUUCCUCUGGGCCUACCUCGGAGGCAGCGUCAUGACUCGAUGAAUCGCACCGCCGUGGCUUCGAGAUACUUGCAGGAUUAUGUUGAAGAGGCUAGGCUGGGCAAAGGCGGUUUUGGAGAGGUUGUCAGGGCCCGCAAGAUGAUUGAUGGUCGGCUCUACGCGAUCAAGAAGAUCACACAACGGUCCCAGGAGACGCUGUCCGAAAUACUCAAGGAAGUGAGGCUACUUUCCCAGAUGAAUCACCCUGCGGUAGUUCGAUAUUACAAUACGUGGCUUGAGGAAGUCCCCGACUACUCCGAUACGGAUGGGGAUACGUCAACUGAGGGACCGGAAGCAUCCAAGGGCACAGUAUCCCGCAGCAUUAACAUCGAGUUUACGGAGAGCAAGAGCAGAGGCCUGGAUUUCAUGUCGUCGAGCGGUCAUCCAUAUAUCGAGUUUGGAUAUGGUUCUGCCAUUGACGACGACGAUGACGACGACGACGAUGAUGAUGACGAAGAUGAGGAUGAGGAUGAAGAAGAUGUUUCAUCCUCGGAUGAGGACACAUCGACCUUGAACAGCAAGGCCCCGAAAGACCAGCUCGUGGUGCCGGGUUCGCGGGUGAGGAGAGGGAGCGGUCGCCCAUAUCGGACUAUCAUGUACAUCUCUAUGGAGUACUGCGAGAAGCGGGAGUCCCAGGAGGUCUGGCGCCUCUUUCGCCAGAUUCUCGAGGGCCUUGUCCAUAUCCACAGCCUCAACAUUGUCCACCGGGACCUUAAGCCUGAGAACAUUUUCAUCAGCGCAGGCCCGGACGGGGUUGAAAAUGUGAAGAUCGGAGAUUUUGGCCUGGCCACUAGCGGCCAGAUACCAAUGGACAAGACUGCUUCUAACGCCGAUGCAAGCGAUAUGACCCGGAGCAUUGGCACUGCUGUUUACGUCGCUCCUGAGGUGAGAACCGGGGGCAGUGGAUCCUACACCGCGAAGGUGGAUAUGUAUUCACUAGGGGUCAUCUUCUUUGAAAUGUCGUAUCCCCCAAUGCUCGGCAUGCAGCGCGCACUGGUCCUCGAGCAGGUGCGGAGAAACCCGCCAGCUCUACCAUCGGAUUUCAAGCCUGCCAACAAGAAUCACACGGAAGUCUUGCUGUCUCUUUUGACUCAUAAUCCGAAAGAUCGGCCCUCUAGCGUAGAGUUGCUCAAGAGCGGAAAGAUGCCGGUCCAGAUGGAGAGCGAGGCGAUACGCCGUGCCAUUGCCGGGGUGGCCGACCCGAACUCGCCGUAUUUCCAGAAGAUGCUCGAGACUCUGUUUUCUCGUCAGGUCGAACAGGUCAAGGACUACGCGUGGGACAUGUCUUCGUCCAUCCCUAGCCCUGCUGAUCUGAUGCGGCGUUUCAUCGUCAAGGACGUCUUGAUCUCGAUUUUUCGGAGACAUGGUGCAGUCGAGGCCCCCACGGCAUCGCUGUAUCCCCGAUCGCCGCACUACGGGCCGAAUGCUGUCCACCUGCUCGAUAAGAACGGCACAGUUCUCCAGCUCCCGUUCGAUCUGGUCAUGGGCCAUGCUCGCUCCCUCGCCAGGGUUACGAACUGCACGGUACCACAGCGCUCCUAUUCGUUUGGGAACAUCUUUCGAGAUCGCCAUGACGGCGGACAACCGGACGUUUACGGGGAAGUCGAUUUUGAUAUCGUCACCACGGACGCCUUGGACCUUGCUUUGAAAGAGGCCGAGGUUAUCAAGGUCUUAGAUGAGAUUGUUGCCGCUUUUCCGACCACGUCUUCGACACCGGUAUGCUUCCACCUCGGCCACUCGGACCUUUUGCACUUGAUAUUCGAGUUCUGCGGAGUGGAGGUUGGCGCAAGGCGCGCUGCUGCCGAGGUUUUGAGCAAGUUGAAUAUCCGCAACUUCACGUGGCAGAAGGUUCGUAGUGAGCUUCGGUCGCCCCUGGUAGGCAUGUCCGCCACCAGCGUUGAUGAGCUACAGAGAUUCGAUUUCAGAGACACGCCCAGUAAGGCUAUUUCCAAGCUGAGGCUUCUCUUUGACGGAACUGAGUACAGCGAGAAAGUUUCGUCCACUCUGGCUCAUCUGAGAGAAGUGUACGAAUACACAAAGAAAUUCGGGGUGACCAGCAAGGUCUACAUCGCUCCCCUCAGCAGCAUCAACGAAGCCUUUUUCCGCGGUGGUAUUCUUUUUGCUUGUCUGUACGACAAGAAGGUUAAAGAUGUGUUUGCCGCCGGCGGUCGCUAUGACGGUUUGAUUAAGGAGCACCGUCCCAAGAUCGGGAGCCGCUUUGAGGAGCGGCAUGCGGUCGGCUUCAGUCUCAACUGGGAGAAGCAGCUGGCGAAGCCAGUACCCAAGACCACGGGCAAGGCUUUUCUAAAGAAGACGGUGGACGAGGAGAACCAUGGCAUCUUCAGCGCAAAACGAGACAACCAGCUCAAGAUCAAGAAUAUGGCCCGCAAAGACGCGCCCGACGCGGAUAUUGCGGCCAAAGAGCUCCUCAACUGGCUUAAAUCUGAGAUCCGCGACCGUGAAUCUCGGUCGGGAAUGCGGCUCCGCAGCACCGCCGGCAUGCCGCACUCCGACUGGACCGGCGCUCUUCCGACCUCGGCUACGACUGAGCACAACAAUCAGCAAGAAGUGCACGUGCUUGUAGCACAGACUAAAUCCAAGAAGUUCAACCGGCGCGCCGUCGUCGAGCAGGCGCACGCGAGCGCGGCGCGCCUGGUGCAGACCUUUCUCGAGGGGCCAAUAGCGGCCAUCGAGACGUCGGACGCAGUGGUAGACCUCAUCCGGGGUACCAGCCUGUCGGACCCGGAAAGCUGGCGGCGCGUGGAGCACGGCGUGGGGACCGCUGAGAAGAAGUACGUGCGUGAGAUCCAUGACAUGCUCAAGCAGUGGCGUUGGGAGUGGGAGACCCGCAAGGAAGGGAGCGCUCCUAAUGCGUUUGUGUAUAACUUCCGCACGGGUAAGUGUGUCUACUACGACCUGGGGGCUUAG